GUCAGUUGGAAUGCCCGCUAUGCAUGCCUGGAACUCCCAUCGCGGCUGCUGCUUGACUAUAAGAACCGUCCGAUCAUUUCCGUCCUCUUGGUCAUCCAUCGCUUUCUGUUUGAGCCCAGCCUCAAGAUCUUCUUAAUUUGCACGGCACCCUGCCAGUCGUCUCGCUCCUCAGGUAGCCAACCGCCAGAGCAUAGGGGAUCGAUCACUGAGCCAAGAUGAAGGGUGUGCUCAUCGCCUGCGGCCUGUUGGCCUCCUCGGUGUCUGGUCAUAUCCAGAUGUCCAACCCGUAUCCGAUUCGCAGCCCGCUCGACCCGAAUGGAGACGAGUCCAAGAAGGACUACUCCUACACGAACCCACUGUCGAGCAGUGGCAGCGACUUCCCUUGCAAAGGAUACGCCAAGGAUCCGUUUCGGUCGGUGGCUACGUAUUCGCCUGGCGGAGAGUAUGAUCUGGAGCUGCAGGGCAGUGCGACGCAUGAUGGUGGCUCCUGCCAGAUCUCGCUCUCGUAUGACCAGGGCGAGAAUUUCCAGGUCAUUCAUUCCAUGCUGGGCGGCUGCCCCCUGACGGAGAGCUACAAGUUCACCAUUCCCGCGGAUGCUCCGAGCGGGGACGCCUUGUUGACCUGGACCUGGUUCAACAAAAUCGGCAACCGCGAGAUGUACAUGAACUGUGCCCAGGUCACUAUCGGCGGGGAUGCUCACAGCGCCAAGCAAAAGCGUGAUAGCUUCAGCAGCCUGCCCCCAAUCUUCAUUGCUAAUGUCAAUGGGCCGGGCCAAUGCACGACCAUCGAGGGCGACGACGUCAACUUCCCCCUGCCCGGUCCGUCGGUGGAGGGCAGCGUGAGCGGCACGGGCUACACCUGCACCGGCUCGGCUCCUUUCCUCGGGUCGGGCAGCUCCAGCUCAGGCAGCUCCAGCUCGAGCAGCUCGAGCUCGGGUAGUGCUCACUCGGCCGCAAGCAGCAGCAGCAGCAGCAGCUCCUCCACCGCUCACUCCGUGGCUUCGGCGACCUCCAAGAAAACCACCUCCACAUCCAAGAGCGGCGCCACGGGGGCCACCCCGGCCUCCUCGUCGGCCAAUGCGCCGGUUAUGGUGGCAUCCUCCUUUGGAGCCCAGUCCGCGCGCCUGAUGAGCCUCCCGACGGCCGUAUCGGCUGACGACGACAACGACCGCUUCACGCCGGGCAAACCCUGUGCCGACGGGGUCAUUAUCUGCGGUCCGCACGGCACGACCUGGUCCUUGUGCAGCAAUGGGCGGCCCGUCCACAUGGGUGCCGUGGCCGCGGGGACGUACUGUGAGCAUGGUGAGAUCCAUGCUCUGUUCUAGGGUCCGCCAGGGCAUUUCCUCGCCUGGCGCGAGCACCGUCGUCUGCAGAGGGUUUCCCUCACAGCCCUUGGAAAUAUGUCGAGGACCAGCUGGGUGUUUAUGCUUGUGUCGUUGUUCUCCAUGUAUCUUGAUUCCACCCUUGUGUCACCCCUGCUCUAUCGCUUUUAAUUGAAUCAUGACCUUAUUUGAUGAUGAUGAUUAUGAUGAUGGAUGGUUGAGAAUGGCCCAUUCGUAGCGUUCCCAGUCCCCAAAGGACCGUAACAAAUCCAGCUCGGGAGAGGUCGGGCAGGCUGGUAGCCUUGUACAGCAACGCUUGGUUUCAUUAAUUUCCAAUUUUGAUAUCUAACCCGCCGUCUAUAUGCCACUGCCGCAGAAAUGUUCAGAUAAAAAGCGAAUUAAUGUCCCGAGAUCCCAAAGCAUAAGGCAUGUCACAUCACAGGAGAAA